AUGGAAAAUAUUAAGGAUUUUCAGGAACUUACUACAAAAACAUUGUCACUUCCUGUAAUUAGAGAGACAGGCAGAGAUUCUUUAUUAAGCAUUUAUCAAUCUUUUAAUAAGGGAAAUAUAUUCAAUGGAAUUGUUCUUGUUGUGUUUUUAAUUUUUCUGUAUUACUUAUUUCAAAUUUUAUCAACAUUAGGAAAUAAGGUCAAAAGACUUGCAAGGAAUGCAAUAUCAUUCAAAGAAGGAGAAAACGUAGAUGUGGAAAAAGAGAGGAAUGAAUUAAUGAAUACAAGUGUGUAUAAAACAAAAGGAAAUGGAAAGGAAGAAAAAAUUAAUAAUACGAAAAACGAACCUAGAAAUAAUAAUGAGCAAAAGGAAUCAAACCAUGACAAAAUUAAAGCGAUCACCAGAAUUUUCGAAAAAAAGGGGGUUAAAUAUAAUACUAAUAUAGAAGGAAAUGAUAAAAGAAUAUUAAAACUAACAGAAAUAAAUAUUGAUAAUUCAAAAAAUAAAAUAAAUUUGCUACAUAAAAUAACAGAAUCAAACAAAAAGGAAAAAAUAAGGAAUUUAAUCAAGAAAAUGAAUCCGCUACAAAUCAUAGAUCACAAUGAUCAAAAUUCAAACGAAGAAUUACACGAAGAUAAAUCAGAUGAAUGGAAAAAUAUGGAAUGGAAUAACUGGAUGACGAAAACUGAAGAUGAAUGGAAAAUUUUUAAUACAUCAAUUGAAAAUGAAAAAACGAGCUGGAUUCAAGCAAAUGAAAAAGAAUGGGAUGAUUGGUUAGAAUCUAUACAAAAUAAAUGGAUUUACUAUAACGAAAAUAUGGACGAGGAACACAAAAUCAAUCUUUUGACGAAAUCUUCAGAAUGGGAUGAAACUCAGUGGGUAGAAUGGAUUAAAACAGAAUGUAAACAGUAUAUAGAACAAGAAUGGAAAAAAUGGCUUCGUCAAAAGGAAUCCAAUUUGGGCAACUGGGUUGUAAACAAAUGGAUUCAAUGGAAAAAUUCAAAGAUUACUGAAUGGUUAAUGACUGACUGGAGAAUUCAAGAUGAAGCAUCUUGUUCAAAUUAUGAUUAUAAUAAAAUUACAAACCUCUUGAAAAGAAAGGAGAGAAAAAAAUGGAACAUCUGUCGAGAAAGAAUCAAUAAAGAAAGGGAAGAGUGGAAUGCUUGGGUUCAGUCAAAAGAGAAUUUAUAUGUAAAUACUAGAUGGAGCAAAUGGUCUAAAUGGAAAAAAAACAAAAGUUUCGUACUUAGUAAGUUGGUGGAAAUGUUUAUUAAUAAACUGAUUAUUGAGAAACAAUGGACAAAAUGGACUCAGACAGAAUAUAAUUAA